UCCUGGAGGGAAUCUGUUCGCGCGGUCGAGGAGAGACCGGUCGGUUUAUAUGGGUCCCGCGAAGAAGGGCCGUCCCUAGACGUCUGCCAAUCCAAGCGGACCACUGCACACCGUGUCGCCCAACCAGUCAAAUCCCUCCAUCACCAUGACUCAAAUGGGGGGCGAAGCCAUCCGGAGCAGUGAUUUCCUGACCAGACCCGAGAUGGCCGGUCAGCGGGCUGAUCACAUGGAAGGCAAAGAUUUCAGCGAAAGAAACAAGAAAGAGAUAACUUUGAUCUCUAACGGUACUUGGGAGACAGACAAGGGAGGAAGAGCAAAUGGGAGUCGAACUUGGUUGUGGCUUUUGGUUCCUCGACACGGGCUGCCCGGCAAAUUUGCCCGACCGACCACCAACACCAGGCAACUCGUGCGAAUAUUAUCACCAUCUACAAUUUGACUAAGGA